UAUACAACGAAGUGCGUAUGUGUGCGUGCAUGGGUGCGCGAAUCAUUGGAGGAAAUGUUUUUCUUGCCGUUGUCACUCUCGGUCAAAGGGAGAAAAAUUGUUCCAUAAUUUCCGUGCAAUGGAAUGAAAGUUUCUAUAUUGUCGCUACCGUGCAAACAACCGCCUUUCGAGUGAUUUUCCAACGAUUAGCAAUAUUGCUUGUGAAACCAUGUGUCGCUAACUGAACAAAACGGAUUUGCCAUUCCCAAACUGCUUCGAAAGCCGAUGCAUGUCGGAAACAAUCUGUUGUGACACAGGAGCAGUAGAAAAAAUAGUUGUUCAUUCCUUCUAGUGAAACCUACUGGACCGUAGAUGGAAGCAAUGGAAGCAGAAAACUCCAACAAAUACCAGAAACUAGCCACCGAAUACUCAAAACUCCGUGCCCAGGCAAGCGUUCUCAAGCGGGCCGUCCUCGAUGAACAGAACAAAAAUGCAUCCCUGCGGGAAACGCUGCGCCUGAAAGAGGCUACCCUCCGAAAGUCCGAACAGGAGGUGGACAGUUUGGGGUUCCGCAACAAGCAACUGGAGCGGCGCGUGGCGGCACUGCAGGAAAAUCUAGAACACGAGCUAAAGAAAGCGUCCGGCGGGAAAACGCUUAAAACGAAAUCAUCCAACAACGACCUCAACGCUGCCCUGCCGGGCUCGGAAGGCGGCAGUGUAAUCGCGGAGGAGCUGCAGCAAAAAAUUCUCGAAAAUGUACAGCUGUCCAACAGCUUGGAGGAUAAGGGUGCGGAAGUGAAACAGUUGCAAAAUCGUAUCGAGGGGCUAAACCGGGAACUGCAGCAGCAAGCGACCGUUGAGCAGAAGCUGCGGAAAGAGCUUGAGCUGCUGACCGUAAGGAAUUCGGAGCUUGAAUCUAAGGUUUCGGAAGCGGCAAGCACGAUUGGAAGCGAAGAUGGACUAAGCGUUACAACGGAUGUGGAAAACCAUUACAACCACUUUACCGGCAGCUCGAACAGUGCGUCCCAGGGGCAAAAUAAUGGCACCAACAACAACAACACCACCACCACGGCCGUUAGCCAGGACGAUCGAAUAGUGUUUCUCGAGAAGGAGCUGAACCAUUGGCGGGCCCAGUACGAGCUGCUGAAAAUAGAAACCUCUAGUCACAUUCGAAUAGCGCCAAAGGUUGAGCAAAAGGAGGACAUCUUCAGCCAAGGAGCGGACGGCAUAAAUAGAACACUGGAGGACAAUCAGCAGCAGAGUGAGGUGCAAACACGGGAACAGAAGCUGACCGCGUGUUUUACGAAAAGUAUCGAAGAACUGUUCCAUGACAAAUGUCGCGCUGAAUCGAAACUGGCUUCACAUUUCAUUGAAUGUCAAAGACUGCAAACCCAUUUGGAGGUUUUAAAAAAUCGUCUAAAGGAACGAGAGGAGGCCAACAGAGAAGAGGAGCGCCGUUACCGCAUCAUCGAAGAUGAAUUGUCCCGCACGCGGCUCAACUACGAGGAACAGAUCAGUGUCCUGACCGAGCAAGUGAUAAGCUUAAGUGAUCAGUUAGCCAAGGCCAAGUAGUAGGGUCCGAAUAGUAGCGCGGGACUGUAUCUGCUUUCCCACAUUGUGUUGCAGCAACACACACAUGCACCCAUGUUCGUGUGCUACUACUCUCAGAGAUGUGAAUAUCAUUCUAUAUCCUUUCCGGUGCUAGAAGGGAACCCGCAUAUUCUCGUGUGUGUGUGCGCGCAAUAAGUUAGAAUGUGCAAACCGUGUCGAAACGUUUACUGAAUGUGUAAUAAUAAAUUCUUACAAAAACGAA